AUGUGCUUCAUUAGCAUUGGAUUUAUUUUUAUUGGGAUCCUCAAGCUCUUUAAUAAGUACAUUGAGAAGUUCAGUGAUAAGGAAACGGAGAAAGAAAUACUUGUCCUCUACAAAUUACACUGCGAAAUUCUCGAUAAAUUCGGUAUCUAUGAGAAAAUCUUCUCCAACACAAUUUAUGCUGAAAUAGUUCUCAAUGGUGCAUCUCUUAUAACCCAACUUCUAAUAAUAAGCCUAAAUCCUCGACAUGAACUUAUCUACUUCAGUAUGAGCAUUAUGGGCUCCCAGGUAUUUAUUUACUGCCUUUUUGGGCAGUUUAUUUAUUCGGAAACUGAAAGAAUUUCACAAAAAUUCUACUUUACAAAUUGGUACGAAAUGAAUGAGGAGAACAGAAAGGUAAUCCUGACAAUGAUGACUAUGGCCACAAGACCUUUUGGACUUAAAGCAGCUGGAAUGUAUGAGAUAAACUUGAUACUUUUUCUUAAGGUUAUCAAAUUGUGCUACACUUACUACGCCAUUUUGUCAAAGGUGAAGGUGUUAUUAAUUUGCUAAAAUCAUUCGAUUACAUAAAAAAGAAAGGCAAUGUCUAUGAGAGGUACAACGUGGACAAAUAUCUUCAUGGUUUGGGUCUUAUGACGAUGCAUAAAUAUCGGAAAUGCGGCAUAGCAACUGAGCUUUUAAAAGCUCGCUUUCCGAUGAUGAAGGCCCUAGGAUUGACGCUGACUUGUACUGUCUUUUCGGGUCCUGGAUCCCAAGGAGCUGCCACAAAAGCUGGUUUCACAGACGAUGUGGUUGUAUCGUACGAGUCGCUGGGGAAAGAAUUUCCAUUCGUUUCGUUUCCUAAUAUCUCUUGGCCUGUUGUGAAAUUUAUGUGUUAUCAUAUGGUGUAAAAAUGUGGCUGAGAUAAGGCCAAGAGAUAUGUAUCGUCAAGCGCCAAGGCAGACAGAAAGGUCUUUAAGUCUUGGUGGGAAAUAAUGUAUAUUAGAUAAAUGGAAAUAAAUUGCUAUC